AUGAAUAUACGGUUAGCGACGGUGGGAAAUUUGUUAGGCAUGCAGGCCUGUAACUUGCAAAAUUUACCGGAGAACUACCAGUUACGAUAUUAUUUAUAUCAUUCUCUCACUUGGCCUCAGCUGUCAUAUGUUGCAGAAGAUCACAAGGGGCGCAUAGUGGGUUAUAUCCUUGCCAAGAUGGACGAGGAACCUAGUGACAAGUCCCAUGGUCAUGUUACAUCUAUUUCGGUUCUGCGUGGAUAUCGGCGGCUAGGACUAGCCAAGAAGCUCAUGCUCUUGUCGCAGGAAGCCAUGGCUAGUAUAUACAAAGCCGAAUACGUCUCUUUACAUGUCCGUAAGUCGAACCGAGCGGCCCUUGGUCUCUACCGUGAUUCCUUGGGCUUUGACGUUCACAGCAUUGAGAAAAAAUAUUAUGCCGAUGGGGAGGACGCCUAUGCCAUGCGCUUAAAAUUAUCUACAACUGGUACUUCUGAACAACCUCCAUCGAAAUAAUCACUGGGCAUGUAUCUUGGGGCCCCACUUGAACUUUCCCUGUGAGCUACAUCCGAAUAUAUCAUAUCCGGACAUUUCAAAAUGAACAGGACAGGUUGAAGCGAUAUCAUCGGUCCUACGCAUGAUCCAGCCUCCGGCUGGUUCUGGAUGUGUGAUCUAAGCUGGGCCAUCCGCUGCGUCCGCACAGUUAGAAUUCGAUCCCUUUUGUUUCGUGUGCUUAAGUUGU